AGCAGCGCAAGCAAGCCUCUCCAAGAAGCCCCAAGCCUCUCUCUCUCAACACACACCACAAGCAUGAAGGCCGUCACCGGUAUGCAGAAGCUCCGCCCCGUCGCCUCCAAGCUGCGCGGCGUCACGACCCGCAACGUCUGGACCUCGCAGCAGUACAUCGACCGCGAGGAGCGCUGCGGCGCGCACAACUACCACCCGCUGCCCGUGGUGCUGACCAAGGGCCGCGGCUGCAAGGUCUGGGACGUGGAGGGCAAGGAGUACUACGACUUCCUGAGCGCCUACUCGGCCGUGAACCAGGGCCACUGCCACCCCAAGCUCGUCAAGGCGCUGACGGAGCAGGCGCAGACGCUCACGCUCACGUCGCGCGCCUUCUACAACAACGUGCUGGGCGAGUACCAGGAGUACAUGACCCAGCUCCUGGGCUUCGACCGCAUCCUGCCCAUGAACACGGGCGUGGAGGGCGGCGAGACGGCCAUCAAGCUCGCGCGCCGCUGGGCCUACGACGUCAAGGGCGUCCCGGAGAACAAGGCCAAGGUCAUCUUUGCCGAGAACAACUUCUGGGGCCGCACGCUGAGUGCCGUGUCCUCGUCGAACGACCCGGCGGCGUACGGCGGCUACGGUCCGUUCAUGCCCGGCUUCAGCAGCAUCCCGUACAAUGACGCGGACGCGCUGGAAGCCGUCUUUGAGAAGGAGGGCAAGAACGUUGCCGCCUUCAUGGUGGAGCCCAUUCAGGGCGAGGCUGGUGUCGUUGUGCCUGACGAGGGCUACCUCAAGCGCGUGCGUGAGCUCUGCACCAAGCACAACAUCCUUUGGAUUGCCGACGAGGUGCAAACCGGUCUGGCGCGUACCGGCAAGAUGCUCGCUGUCGACUACGAGAACGUCAAGCCGGACAUCGUGAUCCUCGGCAAGGCCCUCUCGGGCGGCAUGUACCCCGUGUCGGCGGUGCUGACCAGCCACGAGGUCAUGCUCACGAUCAAGCCCGGCCAGCACGGCUCCACUUACGGCGGUAACCCGCUCGGCUGCAAGGUCGCUAUGGCGGCCAUGGAGGUGAUCCAGGAGGAGAAGCUCGCUGAGAACGCCUUCAAGCUUGGCCAGAAGUUCCGUGGCGAGAUGGAAAGCUUCAAGUCGGAUGUGCUCCAAGGCGUGCGUGGCCGCGGUCUGCUGAACGCGAUUAUCAUCAACGAGCGUCCCAACCAGCCAGACGCUCUGCAGCUCUGCAUGAACCUGGCCAAGAAGGGCCUGCUGGCCAAGCCCACCCACGGCAACAUCAUCCGUCUCGCUCCCCCGCUUGUCAUGAACGAGAAGCAGCUGGACGAGUGCACGUCGAUCAUCAAGGAGGUCCUCACGGAGGCGGAGAAGUAGAGGCCACCGCAGGACACGCGCACUUCAGGAUCCUGUGGCGAACGAUAAGCUACAGACAGAUAAGAUGGACGCAAAUGCAUGUGCCUUUAGGGAAGUUACGCAUUAAAAUAAUGAAAUCUAAGAUAGCAUACUC